UCGUGGGCAUCUUGGCAGCGCUGCAGGGUCUGUCGUUUCACGGGUGUGCCAGCCGGCGGAAGUGUACUGCGACCAGAAAGAUGUCGCUGCUGCGGUCAUUGAGCCUCUGCCUGGUCUCGCGGACCAGGAGUUGCCCGGCGGGGUCCCUUUUGCUUCAGUCGCCUCAGCUACGGCACACAUUUCACGCUGGGACCUCGCUGCCUUCCUCGGCCUCCAGCAAGGAACUUCUCAUGAAGUUGCGGCGGAAAACAGGCUACUCCUUUGUAAAUUGCAAGAAAGCUCUAGAGACUUGUGGCGGGGAUCUCAAACAGGCUGAGGUCUGGCUCCACAAGCAGGCCCAGAAGGAGGGCUGGAGCAAAGCUGCCAAGCUCCGUGGGAGGAAGACUAAAGAAGGCCUGAUUGGGUUGUUGCAGGAAGGAAGCACGACUGUAUUAGUAGAGGUAAACUGUGAGACAGAUUUUGUUUCCAGAAACUUAAGAUUUCAACAACUCGUCCAGCAAGUAGCCCUUGGAACCAUGCUGCAUUGUCAGAGCCUAAAGGAUCAAGUCUCCACAUACAGUAAAGGCUUCUUGAAUUCCUCUGAGCUUUCUGGACUUCCGGCUGGACCUGACAGAGAAGGUUCUCUCAAGGAUCAGUUGGCCUUAGCAAUUGGGAAACUGGGAGAAAACCUGAUUCUUAAACGAGCUGCAUGGGUGAAGGUGCCAUCUGGGUUCUACAUUGGCUCUUAUGUCCAUGGAGGAAUGCACAGUCCCUCCCUUCACAACCUGGUGCUGGGCAAGUAUGGGGCCCUGGUUGUCUGUGAGACGUCUGAGCAGAAAGCAAACCUUGAAGACCUUGGCCGCCGCCUCGGGCAGCAUGUGGUGGGCAUGGCUCCUCUCUCUGUUGGCUCCCUGGACGAUGAGCCUGGGGGGGAGGCAGAGACUAAGAUGCUGUCCCAGCCAUACUUGCUGAAUCCCUCCAUUACAUUGGGACAGUAUGUGCAGCACCAGGGGGUGUCUGUAAUAGACUUUGUGCGGUUUGAAUGUGGAGAAGGUGAAGAGGCAGCAGAGGCUGAAUAGGUUCCAGAGACUUUUAGCCCAGGAGAAAUGUUUAUUUUUAGUUCUGGACAUCAUUACAAAAGAAGUUAUUUCCUGUGGCUCACGCCUGUAAUCCUAGCACUCUGGG